CACAUCCUCCAGCAUCCUCCUUCAUCCUCCCUCAUCCUUCAGCAUCCUCCUUUAUCCUCCCGCAUCCUCCAGCAUCCUCCCACAUCCUUCAGCAUCCUCCCGCAUCCCCCAGCAUCUCCGCAGAGCUGGUCCUUGGCCUGUCCAGCACGACGGACAGCGUCUAGCUCCGCUCCGCCCGAAUAUGGCCACCGAGGUGCACAACUUGCAGGAGCUCCGACGCAGCGCCUCCCUCGCCACCAAGGUCUUCAUCCAGCGGGAUUACAGCGACGGGACCAUCUGCCAGUUCCAGACUAAAUUCCCCCCAGAACUGGACAACCGGAUUGAGCGGCAGCUGUUCGAGGAGACGGUGAAGACGCUGAACAAUUUCUAUGCCGAGGCUGAGAAGAUCGGAGGCAGCUCCUACCUAGAGGGGUGUCUGGCUUGUGCUACGGCCUAUUUCAUCUUCCUCUGCAUGGAGACCCACUAUGAGAAGGUCCUGAAGAAGAUUUCCCGCUACAUCCAGGACCAGAAUGAGAAGAUCUUUGCCCCUCGUGGCCUCCUCCUCACAGACCCUGUGGAACGGGGCAUGAGGGUGAUGGAGAUCUCCAUCUACGAGGACCGGUGCAGCAGCGGCAGCUCCAGCAGUGGCAGCAGCAGUGGCAGCAGUGGCAGCAGUGGCGGGGGCGGCGGCAGCAGUGGCUGCAGCAGCGGCGGGGCCGGUGGCGGGGCCGGGGGGGAGCUGUACUGCCGGGACGAGGGCCUGUCUGAGCUGCGCCGGCUGCGCUACCAGACUGCAGCAGCAGCAGCAUCUAGCCCCCCAAAAGCCUCAGGCCUGCUGCACGAUACCUCACCUACCUGGGCUUCCAACUGCCAGGCUCGGUGGUCCAAGGCCCAGACGCCCUUUGCGAUGCCAUUCUCGCCCCGCUGGCUGCGGAGCAAUUCCCGUCUCAUCUGCUCUCCCACUUUCCACUUUAUGCCCACCCUCCCUUGCCUACUUCCCGCCACAUCCCCCUGCCUGGGUGGAGCCAAGUAUCCCCCAGAUGGUGAGAUUUUUCUCACCAGAUCUCAGGCAGAGGCUUUGACUUAG